AAAAAAGAAAAUGACAACGGAGCGGUCAUCGUCUUCAUUCUCCGCGCCCUCCUAUUGGGAGCUGUAAAGCCAAAACCGUCUUCCCCUCUUCUCUUGUUACCGCUUGAUGGAAGGAGUGGGGGCCCGGCUGGGCCGGUCGUCGACCCGGUACGGGCCGGCGACGGUCUUCAGUGGACCAGUCCGGAAGUGGAAGAAGAUGUGGGUCCCCCUCUCCAACCCUAAUUCCAACGCCUCCUCCAACGCCGCCGCCAACGGCGGCACCGCCACCACCAACAACCACUCCCACCUCCUCCUCUACAAGUGGACCCCCAUCUCCUCCCGGGGCAAUGGGGGCGCUGCCGCCCCCGCGGCCCCCGGAAAGGACGCCUCCGCCGCUGCCCCCGCCGGCCAACCCGAGGAGCCGCCCCGGAGGAAGUUCCGAUACGUCCCGAUUUCUGUAAUUGAAGAGCAAAAGCAAGAGGCUGCUGUGAACUCUGAGGAGGAGAACAAACCAAGUGAUGCUGAUCCAUCCGCACAGCCUGUCCAGGCUGAUCUGUCUGAUGGGAAACCUGAUAUGAAUGAUGUCUCAAUGGAAGAAGCUCAGGCUACAAAGAAGGAUGAAGCACUUGCAGAAGACAGCAAGGGAACAGAUUUAAAUUUGAGCUUGGGUUUAAAUGCUCCAGAUGGUGAUGGUGAAAGUGAUCCAAAGCUGGCAGUGCAGGGUGAUAGCACUGGUCAACUGGAGAGAGUAAACUCAGGCGAGGAUGUAGAAAUGAAAUCUGGAACAAAUUCAGAAACCGAUAAUAAAUUAAAGAGGAAGGCCGUAACCCCUGACCUUGAAAUGAGAGUGUGAGUUAUAUCAUCUCUUCUUUUAUUUGACCCUCUUGCAAGAGGCAUGAUACUGUACCCUGAUUGAUGCACUAUCAUCUAUGUGUGAGACAUUGUCAACUGUCUUAAGCUUGCAAUAUUAUGUGAGCUUUAUGCUUUUUGAAAUGCUUUUUUAGCCAA